AUGAAUCUCGUAUUAACAGUACUCAAUACAACAACUAGUCAUCCACCUGUUGAAGUGAAUACACCACUUUGGAUUGGUUAUAUAUCUGUAAUAAUUGCUGUACUAUUUUUUGGUUCUAACCUUGUUCCAGCAGGAAAAUAUCCUAUUGGUGAUGGAUUAUCAUUUCAAUUUUUUAUGUGUUGUGGUAUUUGGAUGACAGGUCUUGUCAUUGAUUUAUUUGUAAAAAGUCCACAAUUUUUUCCACUGGUUUUAAUCGGUGGAAUUUUAUGGACAACAGGAAAUAUAUUAAGUUUGUUGGUUAUUCGUAUCAAUGGUUUAGGAAUGUCAAUGUUACUUUGGUGUACAACAAAUAUGCUUAUUGGCUGGGCAAGUGGACAUUUUGGAUGGUUUGGUUUAAUACCUGAAAAUGUUGAAAAACCAAUUCUUAAUUAUAUGGGUGUUACGAUUGCAUGUGUAAGUGGAAUUGUAUUUUUAGCAAUACGAACAGUAAAACAAGAAUUAGAUACUACUGCAAAUAUUGAAGAACAACAACCUAUUCUUCAUUCAUCACCACCCAUUGUAACAACAACAAGCAAUGAUGCACCGAUUGAAACAGUAACAACUAUUGAUUCACCACCAAUAAAUAUAUAUUUACGUAUUGUGGGUUGUAUAUUGGCUACUAUUGCUGGUAUUUUUUUUGGUCUUGUUUUUAUUCCAAGUACAUAUAUUCAAGAUCAUCCUUAUGAUCAAUAUAAAACAGCAUCAAAAAAUGGUCUUCAUUAUGUAUUUGCAAUGUAUUCAGGAAUAUUCUUUUCAUCAAUGUUUUACUAUAUAGUUUAUAUUGCUUACAAAGGAAAUCGUCCAUAUAUUCAUGUUCAAAGUAUAUUUCCAGCAAUUAUUUCUGGUAUAAUGUGGGGUAUUGCACAAGCUGGUUUUCUCGUUGCCAAUAGUGUUUUAAGUCAAGCAAUCUCAUUUCCAUUAGUAACAAUUGGACCUGGUACAAUUGCUAUACUUUGGUCAAUAUUUUAUUUUAAAGAAAUAUCUGGUCGAAGAAAUUAUUUAAUUAUUAGUGGUGGAACUUUACUUCGUCUAAUCUCUGCUGUACUUAUUAUUUUAUCGAAACCAAUUCCACGUUAA